CAUCUUUCAUCAUCCAGAGAGCUAUUCCUGUGUCAAGACUGAAAUAGAGUCGGGGGGAUAUACUAAACAGAGGAUGAAGAUGAAAAUGAAAAUGGCUCACGAGGGAAGGCAUCAUCAUGGUCCACAUCUUCGUCAUGGGAUGGGUAACGGAGGCGGUCAUGGGCUUCAUGGCGGGCAUGGUCCCCACGUAGGAGGACUUCUCUUUGGGCAUGGUCUCGGAGGGCAUGGGUUUCAUGGACAUGGGCAUCGUCUGAGGGGUGUUGUUGGAUAUGGGGGUCAUGGUCAUGGACAUGGACAUGGGCAUCAUAUGAUGGGUCUUUUGGUCCAUUCGGGCCACGGUCAUGGACAUGGACAUGGGCGAGGACAUCAUAUCAGGGGUCUUUUAGUCCAUGGGCAUGGAUUUUUCAAACAUGGUCAUCAUGGUCAUCGCCAUGGCCACGGUCAUGGUCACAAGGGGAGGCGCCAUGCGCAUGGCGGGUGCGGGAAGCGUCAUACCUGUACGGGUCAACCGGAAUCGGAACAGGAACAGCAACGGGAACAGGAACAGGAAGUCGCGGGUGCGACGCCCACUCCGAUAGCCGAGCAACUCGGUACUCUCGCUCUGACCGCAGACUAGAGAGGACGCUUGGAGUUGGGGCUUGGACAAUAACGACGCCGCGUCAGCAAUAAUGUGUCCUGGGGAUUUCGUGUUUUGGGUUCCUCCCAAUAAACAUUACCAGUUUUAUCUUUUUUGG